CGUACUAACGUCAUUAUAUCGGAUUUCAUAUCACUAGAUUGUUUUUUGCUGAAAUAGAAGAAGCUCUUCAGAAUCAGAGGGGAAGAAGAAGAGAAUUAGGGUUUCUUUCUUCUUCUCUUCUGCUCUCAUAUCUCCUGAAUGAAAGAAGGGCAGGAGUAAUUCAAUAGGAGGCAAUCCAUUGUUUUGCAAUCCGGAAUCCAAUCUUAUCCUCAAAUUCUCUGCUUAUAAUCCGAGAAAAACCAGCGGCCGUCAUUUCAUCCAGCGUAAUGGCGAUGGAAACAGAGCAGAGAAGGUACAUUUCGUCUGCGGAGCUUGGAAAACACAGCUCCCGUUCGGAUCUAUGGAUCUCGAUCCAGGGUAAGGUUUACAACGUCACGGAUUGGGUGAACAAUCAUCCCGGAGGCGAAAUCCCUCUUCUCAGCCUCGCCGGACAGGAUUCCACAGAUGCAUUCAUCGCCUUCCAUCCCGCUUCUGCUUGGAAACACCUCGAUCGAUUCUUUCUCGGCUAUCAUCUCGCCGAUUACAAUGUGUCCGAUGCAUCUAAAGAUUACCGCCGACUGGUUGCAGAGUUCACUAAGCUCGGUCUUUAUGAAGACAAGGGCCAUGGAGUCCUCUUCUCACUGUUGUUCAUGUUUGUUCUCUUCUUCGUUGCAGUUUGCAUGAUCAUCAGAACCGGAAACAUUUGGGCUCAUCUCGCUUCCGGCGGGAUCAUGGGGUUUCUCUGGAUCCAAUCGGGGUGGAUCGGCCAUGAUUCGAGCCCCUAUAAAGUAAGAGUUCAUAAUGCUCAUCACAUAGCCUGCAAUUGUCUCAAUUUCGAUCCCGAUUUGCAACACAUGCCUCUCUUCGCCGUCUCAUCAAAGUUCUUCUACUCCAUUACCUCCUCCUUCUACAACAGAACCUUGACCUUCGAUUCAAUCUCGAGGUUCCUGAUCAGUUACCAGCACAUAACUUUCUAUCCAGUAAUGUGCUUUGCUAGACUUAAUCUCUUUGCUCAAUCUAUUAUUCUUCUUCUAUCGAUGAAGACGAAGGUGCCGUCCCGCUUCCAGGAGAUUGUUGGAGUAAUGGUGUUCUGGACAUGGUAUCCUUAUCUGGUUUCCUUUCUCCCAAAUUGGGGAGAAAGACUGAUGUUCGUGAUCGCCAGCUUCGUCAUAAGUGGGAUUCAGCAUGUUCAGUUCUGUUUAAACCAUUUCUCCUCUGAUGUUUAUGUUGGAAAUCCAAAGGGCAACGAUUGGUUUGAGAAGCAAACGAUGGGAACGCUUAACAUCACCUGUUCGCCAUGGAUGGACUGGUUUCAUGGCGGACUCCAGUUCCAGACCGAACACCAUUUGUUUCCCCGGCUUCCAAGGUGCCAUCUGAGGAGAAUUUCACCAUUAGUGAAGGAGCUCUGUAAGAAGCAUGAGUUGCAGUACUCCAGUGCGAGCUUCUGGGAGGCAAAUGUGAGGACUUGGAGGACUCUGAGAACUGCUGCCCUGCAAGCUCGUGAUUUGGAGGGUUCAGAGAGGAAGAAUUUGGUCUGGGAGGCUUUGAACACCCAUGGCUGAGAAUCUCAGACCUCUUUUGCUGAACUGGUAUGUUUCUGUAUUUCUGCAAUUUUUCUUUGAUUUUUGGAUUUUUUUUCUUUUUUUGGCAUAAAGAACUGAUGUGUUUCUACCAUUGGUUUGUGUUUCUGAUGGAAUUUUAGUAGUUUUGUUCUUAUCUGAGCCUUUUGUAGGCUCAUCUAGCACUAUUGUGGGAUGAAAGUUCUUAAUUUUCAUGAAUCUGUAAUUUAAAUUUUUGAAUUUGAUGUGAUUUGGAGGUAUUUUUGGAAAUUCA